AUGAAUCGUUUGGGUGGGCCACGAGGCCCACGACUACUGAAAAAGGGACGGGCGUCACGUGAGACAGUGAGAGUGAGCCAGGCAAACGGCCAAAAAAAACGGCACUGGUUUUGGUUACGUGGCCAUCAAACGGCACGAAGUUCCCUCACCCAAUCGACGACGCUCAUCGAUGGUUUAAAUAUCAGGGGAAGAUUUGGCUGUAAGAGUAAGGCCGGGAUCGUGAUCGAUUGCGUGGCGAGGAAGAUAAGCUGCUCCGAGUGUGGUCUUGAUUUUGGUCCCUCCAUUGUCGCCACCGAGCCGGAUAACGGUUCCUCCGGUGAUUUCUUGUCCUUGACUCUUGGAAAUUCGCGGCAUCGUGGCUCAGAUCCCGUCUCCAUCGCCACCACCGAGCCGAUGAAUACUUCUUCCGAUGAUUUCUUGCUCUAUGAUCUUGGAAACUCGCAGAACCGUGGCUCCGAUCCUGUCUCCGAAGCCACCACCGAGCCGAAUAAUGAUUAUGUUCAGAAAACUGGCUUCGAUCCCCUCCUUAUCGCCACCACCAAGCCGAUCAAAGCUUCGUCCGACGAUGUCACCAUCGCAGCUAUGUCCGAUAGGUUGGGUCUUCUUGCGACAGUCAAGAAUGAAGCUAUUGAGAUAUCUAAGAAAAUCAAGAGUGACAGCAGAGGAGUGAGACGAAAUGUCCGUUUUGCUGCUUGUAUCUACAUUGCCUGUCGACUAAAUCAUAUGGCGUUGACUAUUGACGAAAUAUCUUCUGUUGCCGAUGGAGCCAGUGCGUCGCAUAUUGCCAAUGCAAGUAGAUCCAUAGCUGAAAAACUUGACCUCAAGUGUGCUCCGUUGAUGCAAAUCCGAGCUUCUGAGUUUGCAAAGCGGUUUUGCUCUACCCUUCAAAUGGAUAGCCAAGUAGUUACAGCUGCUCAAGAAGCUGCCGAAGCAUCUACUGGAUUUGUUAACAGGUACACACCUUCACUAUUUGGGCAGUUUCUGGAAUUGAGUAGAUGUAUGGAGACACAUAUGAUGCAGCAGACUUACGAACUCUGUUUUGAAGCAGCAGUCGCAGCCGUGGUCGUAUAUGUCAUUGCUCGAGUUUCUUAUGAGAAGAAGCUGCUCACAGCUAUCAUGGAAGCCACCGGAGUCAAAGAAACCACGAUAAACGAAACAUACAAGGACUUGUAUCCAUAUCUGUCAACGAUAACACCGAAGUGGUUUGCCAACGCAAAGGACCUGAAAAAGCUUGACAACAAGGAGGUCUAUGGAACUGAAGGAAAAGAAACUGACACGUCCCUGAGCGAUAACCAACGAAAACAAAACGCUUACCCCGAGAAGCAAGCCACAAAGCUCGGUUCACCAGGACAAGACUUCUUGAACCUGCUGUUUGGCAAAUACACGUCAAACACAGCUCUUGCAUCACAUAGCUGCAUAUCUCCCAAGAGUUUAGUAACAUCGUCCUUGGCUUCAGUACAUUCACCGGCACAAACCGACUCUUGUUCACCACUUGGUGUCGAAAUGGCGGCAGCAUCCUUUGACGUCCAAGGAACUCCAUGCCUGCUUAGGAUGUAA